CUGAGUUUCAGCGUUAUGGUUUCAAUUGGAUGUUUUCUUUGAGUUUUGCCAUUCAGUAUGGAAGCGAGCACAGCAGGUGCCCGCAUGUCCUAUUUCUUGGAGGUGCUUGGGAAAACCGUCAAGGGAUUUCGAAACGACGAUGAUUUUUUCGAUCGCUUAAGCCAUCGCUACACCUCCAUUUUCCUGAUCAUUUUUGCUCUGGUGGUCAGCACGAAACAGUACGUGGGGGACCCCAUCUCGUGCUGGACGCCGUCCCAUUUUUCUAAAACCCAGGACGAUUACACCAACAGUUACUGCUGGAUAAAGAACACGUAUCACAAGCCAAUGGACGAGAGGGUACCGGAGAAGUGGGAAGGACGAUCCUACAUUGGUUAUUACCAGUGGGUUCCUAUAGUCCUCUUCAUACAGGCUCUAAUGUUCUACCUCCCCUGCUUAGUGUGGAGGAUCCUUAACAGUAGGGUGGGGAUUGACGUAGACGCCAUCGUACGCUGCGUCAGCGUUGCGGAAAACGUCAACCCGGACGCAAGGCGGGUUACUAUACGUUACGUGACACGUCACAUGGACAGGUAUCUAUGGUACCACAAACAUGACGUCAAAGGGUGUGCCUCGUUGUGGAGACGCUGCUGCACGUGCUUCUUGUGUGGAAAACGUCAUGGGAAUUACCUCACUAUAGCAUAUCUAGUCACAAAGUGUUUAUACCUGGCUAAUUCUAUAGGACAACUAUUUCUACUUAAUUCUUUCUUAGGAACUUCGUACUACCUAUACGGUAUUAAUGUGUUAUCCGACAUGAUCCAGGGGCGAGACUGGUCCCCGUCAUCAAACUUCCCACGAGUUACUCUGUGUGACUUUGAAAUUCGAUUUCUUGGCGGGGUUAGCAAUAUACACCGCCACACCGUGCAGUGCGUUCUACCUAUCAAUUUGUUCAACGAAAAAAUCUAUAUUUUCAUCUGGUUCUGGUUGGCAUUCGUUACCUUGGCAACCGUCUUUGGGAUAGUCACAUGGGUACGACUUCUUUUCCCAGCUGAUCGAAGGAAGUACAUCAAAAAAUAUCUGAAGCUCACGGGACAGAUACAUUCUAAUACAGAUUCUGGACUAGUAAAAGUUUUUGUGUAUCAGUACCUCAGGCAAGACGGGGUGUUUAUCCUCAAGUUGUUAGCAAGAAAUACUAAUUAUCUCAUAGUUGCUGAAAUAGUAGAAGAAUUAUGGGAAACUCACAGUGAAAAGCAAAGAACACAACUUUCUGCAAGGUCUAUAGAGGGAAAUGUAUAG